GCCGGCGUUCCUCACGAAUUUCCAUGCUCACAAUCACAAGUUGACUCGUGACGACGGCGACUCCAUCCGACCCACUUGUCUUGGACGACGCCUCUCGCUCCCCGAGGCGGACGCGGACCGCUUCACCCGCCCAAUCAAAACCGUCCAUCCAUCCCCGCGUCCGCGUUCGCGUAGGCUGCGGCUGCGGCAUCCAUGGCCGUCGCGAGGCUGGUGGCCGCGCGGGCCCCUCUCCUCUCCCCCGCCGCGGUGGCGGCGGCACACCGAUCGCCCCCGGCGCUGCUGCGGCUGGCGUUCGCGCCGCUCCCGGCGCGGCGGCUGGCCGUCCCCUUGCGCGUGGCGGUGGGUGAGCCGGAGCCGGAGGAGGAUGCGCGGAGGGCGGUGGCGGAGCGCGCGGCGCGGAAGCAGUCGGAGCGGCGGACGUACCUGGUGGCAGCGGUGAUGUCCAGCCUCGGGAUCACGUCCAUGGCCGCCGCCGCCGUCUACUACCGCUUCGCCUGGCAAAUGGAGGGCAGCGGCGAGAUCCCGGUCACGGAAAUGUUCGGCACCUUCGCGCUAUCGGUGGGCGCCGCGGUGGGGAUGGAGUUCUGGGCGCGGUGGGCGCACCGGGCGCUGUGGCACGCGUCGCUGUGGCACAUGCACGAGUCGCACCACCGCCCGCGAGACGGGCCGUUCGAGCUCAACGACGUCUUCGCCAUCACCAACGCCGUCCCGGCCAUGUCCCUCCUCGCCUACGGCUUCUUCACCCGCGGCCUCGUCCCCGGCCUCUGCUUCGGCGCGGGACUCGGGAUCACGCUGUUCGGGAUGGCGUACAUGUUCGUCCACGACGGCCUGGUCCACCGCCGCUUCCCGGUGGGGCCCAUCGCCAACGUGCCCUACUUCCGGCGGGUCGCCGCCGCCCACCAGAUACAUCACAUGGACAAGUUCGAAGGUGUGCCAUAUGGGCUGUUCCUUGGUCCCAAGGAGCUGGAGGAGGUGGGUGGGAUUGAGGAGCUGGAGAAGGAGAUCAAGAGGAGGAUUAAGAGGAAAGAGACCUUAGAUGCGAUCCAAUGAGAGCUACUUAUCACACAUUUUUUUCUUUUUAUUUGCUGUCAUCUCUUAUUAGUUUUUGCUUCAGUGGCAAUUGUAGCCUUGUAAUAUGCUUUUCUGUCCUGUUAAUAGAAGAAUAAUUUAGAUAGAUAUUUGGAAGCUCAUUUGGACGGUGGAGCACACAGGUAUUAGAAAUGAUGUGCUGGGGCUGAAUGGCUGAUGCUUUUGCUAGUACUGCUGGUAAUGAUAUAUAUUAAUCAGUACCAUUCUGAAUUUAUUAGUCUGGUUGAGUCGUGCUGCUGACAGUGAGGUGUUCACUGAUAAAAUGUGUACUUUCUUUUA